AUUAAAAAUAAUUUUUAAACAAAUGAAACCAGAAAUGGCAACUUAGUAAAUAAUGAAAUACAUGCGCAUUGAACUUUGAAGACGAUGGAAUGUAACAGGCGCACCCUAACACAACAGUAGUGACUCGGGUUUUUCAAUACAGAGGAACAAACAACACAUUCUAUAUUUCUUUUCUGCGCGGAAGAAUAAGAUCGAAUACUACUUGAUUUCAUUCUCUCUAAGUCUCUCUCUCAAACUCUCAUGGCGGCGGCCAGAAUUGAGCGUGGAGAUCUCUGGAAGAACAAGGCACGCUCUUUACAGCUUCAGCUGAGGAACCGGUUCAGAGUGGCGGUGGACCGGAGGCUCCGUCGUCACCCGAUCUUCGUCCAUGGUUACUUCUCCUCCACUCUCCAGCGUUACCUUCAACGAUUCCAAGACUUCCGUCGUGACUCUCUUCCUUCUUCCUCCGCUUUCUAUAUCAAACGAGUGAGCAAAAACUUUAGUGCCGAAGAGGAUUCGGUCAUUCUUCGAAUGCUCCAAGCUGUUGCUGUUCCUGUUAUUGGGAAUGUUUGUCAUGUGUUUAUGCACGGAUUAAACCGCAUUCAGGUAUAUGGUAUAGAAAAAUUCCAUGAUGCUCUGCUAAAUAGACCCAAGGACAAGCCUCUUAUAACGGUGAGCAACCAUGUUGCUUCUGUAGACGAUCCUUUUGUUAUUGCUGCUUUGCUUCCUCCACAUGUUCUUUUGGAUGCUCAGAAUUUGAGAUGGACACUUUGUGCAAGUGAUAGAUGCUUUAAAAAUCCUGUGACUUCUGCAUUCUUUCGAUCAGUCAAGGUCUUACCAGUUUCUCGUGGUGAUGGAAUUUAUCAGAAGGGCAUGGACAUUGCUAUUUCAAAACUUAAUCAAGGUGGGUGGGUUCAUAUCUUCCCAGAAGGCAGUCGUUCUCGUGAUGGGGGAAGAACAAUGAGAUCUUCUAAAAGAGGUGUCGGAAGGUUGAUUGUUGAUGCCGACAAUGUCCCUUUAGUUCUUCCGUUUGUACAUUCUGGAAUGCAGGAAAUCAUGCCUGUUGGAGCCAACCUCCCCAGGAUUGGCAAGACGGUAACAGUACUUAUCGGUGACCCUAUCCAUUUUGAUGAUUUACUCGAUGCUGAAGUAGCCAAAAGUGAAUCUACAGGAAAACUAUAUGACGCUGUUGCUUCAAGAAUUGGUCGUCAAUUACAUGAGUUGAAAGUUCAGGUUGACCAGUUAGCUCUCCAACAACAACUCGAAUUACAAAACCACCAUGGAAGGAGUGCAGAACGAGCUGCUGGGAUUUUGCAGCAGGUCGAUUGGGAGUCAUUUGGUAUGGAGAGCUUUACUUCUGAUGACUAUGAAGCAUCAUCCAUAGAAGAAACUAAAGCAAAGCCAAAUACAAGUUAUCAGCAACAGGAUGAAGUAGUAACGCCUGAUCGGUAUUUUAGAGUUGGGUUCUCCUAUGAUGGUGUUAUCGGGUCAAGGAUGCGGAGUUUUGUGGACCCAUCAGAGCUGAUGGGUUUUGCAGCUAGAGGCUUAUUCAUGAAUCGUAAAGCACAGAACAUUUCUUCCACCACCUAUCGGGAGGUCGGUCCCUUGCAAGCAUGGAAGCAAUUCUUAGAAGCUAAUGUACUAAGACAACUAAAAUACUGCUAACAUACAAACCAAUGAAGCACUCGUAACUGAUACAAAAUAGAGUUUAUGUUGGUAAAUAAGAUUUUACAAAAUAUGAGUCAGGUAUGAAGACUAAGUAUAGUCGAGGCUUUAAAUAUUUUAUUACACCAUUAUACAUGUUUAAAUUUGUUUUGGGGGGGAAAUAAGCACUUGGGACAGGUGGAUAUGUUUCGAGACAAAGCAUUCAAACAAUCACAUCUGCUAUGCAAGUUGCUCUAUGCUUUUCGUAAGGCUGCAAAUGUGGUUACUAAUGUGUCAAUUGUUAUAGUAGUUGGCACAUGUGAAGAGACAAUGACCCACUUAAAGAAUAUAUUGAAACUUGUUCAA